AUUGCGACGAUGAUGAAGAGGAGGAGUGUACCUCACGGCAACGCAUUCUUGUUGUAUUUCAUACAACUUUUUUCGUUGAUCCCUUCCAUUGCAAGCUACGAUUCUACAUUGUCACAAGCUAGAGUACUACUACCUAUGAGGAUCACAGAGAAAGAGAUCAUAGUGUCCCCUGGAGAUGUAUUCGAGCUUGGUUUCUUCAAACCUGCAAAGAGAUUUCAAGAAAGAGAUCGUUGGUAUCUCGGAAUAUGGUAUAAGAGAUUUGCGAAGAGAGUCGUAUGGGUUGCCAACAGAGACAACCCUCUCUCCAGUCCUAUCGGAACCCUCGAAGUCGCGAAUAGUAAUAUUGUCCUCCUCGAUCGAUCUGGCGGGGUUGCGUGGACGACGAAUCUGACAAGCAGUCUGUCCGAAGACCAACCCUUGUACGCUGAGCUGUUCCACAACGGUAAUUUCGUGCUAAGAUACCCCUCGAACAGUUAUCCAUAUCUGUGGCAGAGCUUUGAUUUCCCGACGGAUACUCUACUCCCUGGAAUGAAGUUAGGUUGGGACCGCAGAACGAACAUCACAAGAGCACUACGGUCCUGGAAGAGCUUAGAUGAUCCUUCAAAUGGAGACUUUAUCUAUAAGAUUGAAAUUCGAAAGCUUCCAGAGAGUUUCAUAUUUAAAAAUAAUUCGCCAAUCUACCGAAGUGGGCCGUGGAAUAAAGUCAUUCUGAGUGGGUCAUCGACAGCUACCCAAGUAUCGCCUUAUGCUACAAUCAAUCUUACAGAGACUAGCGAAGAGGUUACAUACUCGUUCGACAUCACUAAUAAUAGCUUCUACUCCGUACUGAUAAUGAGCCACGUUGGAUCCUUGCGACGUUGGGUGUGGACGCCAACAGCGAAAAAAUGGACGGUGCAAUGGGAAGCACCAGAAGACCAAUGUGAUAGCUACAGUAAAUGUGGGCCUAAUAGUUAUUGUGACAUCACCACAAUGUCGAAAUGUAACUGUAUCCAAGGGUUUCGGCCUAGAGACCAAGAGGCAUGGGAGUUUAAAGAUGUGACAGGUGGGUGCGUGAGGAUGUCAAACCUGAGCUGCGUUGAAGAUAGUACUUUUCUCCCGCUUAGAAAAAUGAAGUUGCCAGAUACUAAGACCACUGUUGUGGACACUACAAUUGGGAUAGAAGAAUGUAGGGAGAGGUGCCUUAGGACUUGUAAUUGCACGGCGUUUGCUAAUACCGACAUGCGCAAUGGUGGGUGGGGUUGCGUGACUUGGACAGGUGACUUGGUUGAUCUUCGGAGUUACAGCCGGGAGGGUCAAGAUUUGCAUGUCAAGCUAGCAGCUAAUCUCGGGGAAAAGAGAAAAGCGAAUAAGAAAACGAUCAUUGGAUCAACGGUAGGAGGAUGUUUGUUACUUGUUUUAAGUUUCAUUAUUCUUUGUUUCUGGAUGAGAAGAAAGAAGCUUGCAGCUGCUAACGAACUGAAACAAGUGUCACAAGAGACAAACCAAGAUCUGAUUAUCAACACAGCCGAGGAUUGGGGAUCCAAACUCAUGGAUUUUGACGUUAUUGCCGCGGCAACCAACAACUUUUCGAAUGAUAACCAGCUUGGAAAAGGUGGUUUCGGUAUCGUUUACAAGGGACAUUUAAGCCACGGGCAAGAGAUCGCGGUGAAACGAUUGACCCAAAUGACACCAAAAGGAGUAGAGAGCUUCAACACUGAGAUGAAGCUGAUAGCAAUGCUACAACACACAAACCUCAUUAGACUUGUGGGGUUUUGCUCUACCAAAGACGAGAAAAUCAUAGUAUAUGAGUAUCUUGAAAACUCAAGCCUCAACAAGUAUCUCUUCGAUACAACCCGAGGUUCCGUUCUGAAUUGGGAGCAGAGAUUCGACAUCACCGUUGGUAUUGUCCGAGGGCUUGUUUAUCUCCACCAAGAUUCUCGGUUUAGGAUCAUUCACUUAGAUCUAAAACCGGGAAAUAUAUUGCUGGACAAAGACAUGACUCCAAAGAUCUCGGACUUCGGAACGGCACGGAUGCUUGGAGGAGGGGAUGAGACUGAAGCUCAUGUGACGAGUUUGUGUGGAACAUACGGUUACGUUGCCCCAGAAUUCAUAAACGACGACGGGACAAUAUCAGUGAAAUCGGAUGUUUUCAGCUUCGGGGUCAUGCUUCUUGAGAUGAUCAGUGGCACGAAGAAUGUCGAUUUCUUUAAUCUGAACGACGGAAACACUCUUCUCAACCACAUAUGGUAUCACUGGAACGAAGGGAACGGGCUAGAGAUCGUUGAUCCGACAAUCAAAGACUCAUUAUCGUCGUCCGUAUUUCGAUCACAACAAGUUUUGCGAUGCAUCCAGAUCGGCCUGCUUUGUGUUCAAUACCUACCAGAGGACAGGCCAACGAUGUCUACGGUGGGUCUGAUGCUCGCAAGGGAAACAGAGGCAAUACCACAACCUAAAUCACCGGUGGAUAUUGGGUCUUCGUCCAGAGGAGGACUACAGGAGAGCGUAUCCGGAACAGUUCCUGAAAUGACCAUGACCUUUGAGGGUCGCUAA